AGGGAGAAGUUCAAAUUCUGCCAGAGCAUACAGAGUACAGGAACGCUGCAAGUUUCACCUAAUGAUUGCUACGACUUUACAUCGGACGACAUGCAAGAUUUGGGUGAGAUCGGCCGGGGUGCUUUCGGCACGGUGAACAAGAUGGUGCACCGCACCAGCGGCACAGUGAUGGCUGUCAAACGCAUCCGCAGCACUGUCGAUGAGAAGGAGCAGAAGCAGCUGUUGAUGGACCUCGAAGUGGUCAUGAAGUCAAACGAGUGUCCUUGUAUUGUCCAGUUCUACGGUGCUCUCUUCAAGGAGGGAGACUGUUGGAUCUGUAUGGAGCUGAUGGAUACCUCUUUAGAUAAAUUUUAUAAAUUUAUUUACGAGAAACUAAAUCAAAGGAUACCGGAAACCACCCUGGGCAAAAUCACUGUCGCUACGGUGCGAGCCUUGAACUACCUGAAGGAGAAGUUGAAGAUCAUCCACCGCGACGUGAAACCGAGCAACAUUUUGCUCGACCGACGUGGCAACAUCAAGUUGUGCGACUUUGGCAUAUCGGGCCAGCUGGUCGACUCCAUUGCCAGGACAAGGGAUGCCGGAUGCAGGCCUUAUAUGGCGCCGGAACGCAUAGACCCCGACCGGCUCCGGCCCGGAUACGACGUGCGUUCGGACGUGUGGUCGCUGGGCAUCACCCUGAUAGAGGUGGCGACAGGUCGUUUCCCCUACCCCAAGUGGAACUCGGUGUUCGAUCAGCUGAGUCAGGUGGUGAAGGGGGAUCCGCCCAGGCUCACCACCAACCAGGACCCCAGUGGGCUCUCCUUCUCACUCGAUUUUGUGCAGUUUGUCAAUACUUGUUUGAUAAAGGAUGAGCAGCAGCGGCCGAAGUACAACAAACUGCUGGAGCAUGCGUUCAUACGUCGCAGUGAGGCUGCUCAGGUGGAUGUGGCCUCGUACGUGUCACACACACUUGACACCAUGGCCAACCACGGCCAGUCCAUAUUCACCAUGAACAUGCAGUGAUGGCUGGCUGCCAGUGUAGGGUGGCCUUAAUAACAUCGGACAUAGGAAAUUGUUGAUACUCUAUGAUAGAAAAUUGUUGAUACUCAGUGAAGAGUGUAGGGUGGCCUUAACAAUCGGGGAAGGACUGGGCUGCAAAAAUUGUUGAUACUUGGUACAGUGUAGGGUGGUCUUAAAAGGAUGAGUUGAAUCAGACUGGAUAUGGAAAAUUGUUGAUACUUGGUACAGUGUAGGGUGGUCUUAAGUGGAUGAGUUGAAUAGGGCUGGAUAUGGAAAAUUGUUAAUACUUGGUACAGUGUAGGGGGUCUUAGAGGAUUACUUGAAUCGGACUGGACAUAGGAAAUUGUUGGUACUCGGUACAGUGUAGGGUGGCCUUAACGAGAUGACUCAAAUUAAACUGGUCAUAGAGAAUAGU